AUGGCUGCGCCCAGACCUGCGGCUAACGUUUUCACGUUUCGUGAUGCCAGAACGAAUCCUGACCCCGUACAGGAGCCGGUACUUGACGGCCCGGCUGUGGUCGUAUUGGACAACGGCUCGUUCCAGUUACGGGCGGGAUGGGCAGGGAAAGGCCCUCCGUUGCAGCUCCGCUCUGUAGUGGCUCGGAGCCGCGGAGGGCCCCGUAGCUUGAGCCGGGUGGGUAAUGACAUCCCGAACCUGGAGCCCCUUCGCUGGUUGCUUCGGACACCGUUUGAUCGGAAUCUGCCGGUUAAUUUGGAGUUGCAGGAGCUGCUGUGUGAUCAUGUCUUCCAGAAGCUGGGGGUGGCCUCACAGGGAUGUGUUGAAUACCCCAUUGUAUUCACCGAGGCUCCCUGCACUCCGCUUCAUGUCCGGCAGAUGGUGUCUGAGCUUCUCUUUGAGUGUUACCGCGUUCCCAAAGUAUCUUUUGGGGUUGACGGGCUGUACAGUUUCUAUCACAACAAGAACGAUCUGUCGCCGCGGAGUGGGCUCGUUGUCUCAUCCGGCUACCACUGCACUCACAUACUCCCCGUCCUGGGUGGGAGAUUGGAUGCCAAGAACUCCAAGAGGAUAAAUAUCGGCGGCUUCCAUGCGGUCACCUACCUCCAACGCCUGCUGCAGCUAAAAUACCCAGGACACGUUUCUGCCAUCACGCUAAGCCGCAUGGAGGAGAUCUUGCAUGAUCACUGCUACGUGCCAGAAGAUUACAUGGAAGAACUCCAGAAGUGGCGUUGCCCGGAUUACUAUGAACAGAAUGUGCACAAGAUGCAGCUUCCGUUUUCCAGCAAGCUCCUGAACAGCGCAAUACCCUCUGAGGAGAAGCAGGAGCGCCGACAACAGCAGCUAAGACGUCUGCAGGAGCUGAAUGCGCGACGCAAGGAGGAAAAGCUCCAGCAGGACCAGGAGCGGUUGGACCGGCUGCUGUAUGUACAGGAGCUUCUGGAGGAUGGUCACGUCGAGCAGUUCCACAAAGCCUUGGUGGAGUUGAACAUGGACUCUGCAGAAGAGCUGCAGUCUUACAUCCAUAAGCUUGGUGCAGCUGUGGAGCAGGGCAGGCAGAGGUUGCUGGUUGAGGCUAUUGACAGCAAGCCACAGACUCCAGAAACUACAGCAGAACAGGAUGACAUGGAAGGGAUCUCUGAGCUGGAGCCUCUCUCCUCUGAGGAGCCGAUGGAGACUGAAAAGACAGCGCCUAAUGUCCAGGCCAUGUUCAAUAUUGCUGAAUACCACCAAAUGUAUCUUGGCACAGAGAGAAUUCGUGUCCCAGAGAUCCUAUUCCAACCGUCGCUGAUUGGGGAGGACCAAGCUGGCCUUGCAGAAACCAUGCAAUAUAUCCUUGACCGCUACCCUCCUGAAGUGCAACUAGAGCUGGUCCAAAAUGUCUUCCUCACGGGAGGUAAUAUGAUGUAUCCAGGGGUGCUGGGCAGGAUGGAGAAGGAGCUGCUACAAAUGAGGCCAUUUGGUUCCCGCUUCCAGGUUUCCGUGGCUUCUCACCCUGUCCUGGAUGCCUGGCAUGGAGCAUCAGACUGGGCCUUACAGAAUGUGGAGGGGGAAGACGGAUGGAUUAGCCGCCAGGACUAUGAAGAGAAGGGAGGGGAAUACCUGAAAGAACAUGCUGCCUCCAAUCAAUGUACGGGCAUUCACCUCCCCAAACCUGCUUCCCGUGGCACGCAAGCGCUCGCCUCCCAGGAGACCGACAAUGCUCUGCCGACAAGUACAGGAGCCGCUCAGUAAGAGGUACCAAGCAUAAGGUCGCAAAAAUGUUUGGCAAGAGGGAGCCUGAGCUGGACAUCACGGAAGACACUGGAUUUACUAAGUUGUGUAAAGAAAUCUGUCCAUGGGUUGAUAGCUUUAUGCCAAUGCUCAACAGUGCGGCGUCUACAGGAAUCAGUGGCAAUAAAGCUGAAUAUGGCACCCCCUAGAAGCCGUUACCAAGAAAGAAUGGAAGCCAAGGCACAGGGAAAAUCCUUAAGAGACAGAGUCAGGUGCCUCGUAACUCAAUCCGGUACUCUAAGGAUCUGGAAGAACAAUGUGAUAUUAAGAAGUAACUUAAGAUACCGCAAUGUGGGCCAGCUAACAAAAUCCAUCAUAAUGAAUGGUGGUUUUUGAGUGUUCUUAAGAAAACCACAUAAGGCCCCUCAAAAGAAGACCUGGUUAAUUUAUAUGUAUUAUCUUUUUAAAGAUAUAUUUUUUUAUAUUAAAGACCUAAACAAACACAGCAA